GGUGCCAGUCUGCUCCCUCCGUUAUCUGUGUGUUUCUGUGUCUGUGGGUUUAACGGUGAACGGACCGGAGCUUCUGGAAAACAUACAUGGAGGAAACGUGAAGUUUAACCGGAGAGAAACGGAGAAGAAGAACUUUUCCCGCGGUGUUUGAGUACAAUGUGUUGAAAUGGAGGUGGAGCGUCUCCUUGGUGUCACCAGGUGGAGCUGGACAGUAGGCGGAGACCCGUCAAGUCCAGAUUAUUAAUUAUAUAACAACAACCAUCGGAGGGUCGGAUGUGUCAGCAUUGAUCUGAUUCAACAACAGAGGAUGUGACAGGUGUUGGCGUUGCUGUGUGAUUGGUUGAAAUGGAGGAGGCGGAGUCCAGUCAUUACGUGGAUCAGCUGAAGGCGGAGUUUGACAGCUGUGAUACAACGUCCACCGGCUUCCUGGACCGAGAUGAGCUGACGGCACUGUGCCGGAAACUGCAGCUGGACGCCCACCUACCACUACUGCUGGACACACUACUGGGACAGCAGACCUAUGGACGGGUGAACUUUGAGGAGUUCAAGGACGGCUUUGUGGCCGUUCUGUCUCGUUCUCUGGACUUCAGCACCUCAGAGGAUGACAGCAGUUACCUGGAACCAGUCGUUCCAGAGGAAGUGAAGCCAAAGUUUGUAAAGGGUUCUAAGCGUUAUGGCCGCCGCUCUCGUCCUGACGCUGAACCGGACCCAGUGACCUGUGACUCAGAGGACUCGCCACCGUCCAGAAACCGGGCCACGGACUCGUCGCCGUCCGGAGUCCGCAGAGCCAAACUACGACGAUCGACGUCUCUGGAGAGCGUGGAGAGCCUGAAGUCUGAUGAGGAGGUCGGAGGUCACACGGACAACAGCCAGACAGACUUUCAGUCUAAAGGUUCGCAGCAGGAGGAGGUGCAGCUCGCCAUAGUGGGAGGAGGUGUCCUGGCGGCGGUGUGUGAACACAUGGGUCUGCCACAGCUCAGCGCUCAGGAGCUCGACGUCCUGCUAAAAAAGUUGGAUGCUGACCUGGAUGGCAGAGUUAGCCUCAGAGAGUUUCAGAAGGUCCUGUGUGGCUCCGCCCCCAUCUCCUGUUCCACACCUGUACGAACAGCCAAUCAGCAGAGGGCGCCACAACGGACCCAGUUAGAUGAGUGCUCGGUCCGGUCCACCUCACCGUCCCUCCUGACGGCCACCGUGGGUCAGAGGGUCCUGAGCCGACUGGAUGAUGGCUCGGGGUGCACCACUCCGGAUCAGGUGAUCGCUCUGUGGACCGAGGAGGGGAUCCGGAACAGCCGGGACAUCCUGCAGACUCUGGAUUUCUCCCUGGAGGAGCGUCUCAGUUUGGCCGAUCUGACUCUGGCUCUGGACAAUGAACUGUUGGUCGGUGGCAACGGCAUCCACCAGGCGGCGCUCAUCUCCUACAAGAAUGAGAUCCAGCACCUGCAGAUGGUGUCGGAGCAGGCGUGCAGAGAGCGGGAUAAGGUCAAGGCGGAUCUGGACCUGGCGGAUCAGAGGAACCUGAAGCUGGUCCGAGAGGUGGACGACCGCCACGCCAGCAUGGAGACCCUGAACCAGAGCCGCAUCAGGGACCUGGAGCAGGACUUCAGAGACCGUCUGACAGCUCUUCGCAGUCAGUCGGAGCAGGAGAGUGAAGCUCUGCUGCAGCAGCUUGACGGAGAACGGAGUGGGCUGAAGGACGAACUGAGGCUGCUCAAAACGCAGGAGGCGGAGCUUCAGGAGGAGCUUGGCACUGCCACACAGGAGAACCGGCGUCUGGAGGAGGAGCUCAGUGUUGUGAAGAUGAAACUGACGGAAUCUGAGAGUUCAGUGAAUAAACUGCAGAAGGACCUGGACCAGCUGCUGCAUGACAAGUUUGGCGGUUUGGACCCGUCUGGCGCCAGCCUGACCCAUGAGGAGCGUUUCUCUGAGAUCGUCACAGAGUACGAACAGCAGUGUAGGAAAGUCAAGGAGCUGCGAGACAGGAACGAUGAACUUAGCUCAGAGCUGGAACUCAUGAAGAGCCAGAAGAACGAGAGGACGGCACGGCGCUGCACAGGAACCGAACCGGAACCUGGACUGGACUGGACCGAACAGCACGACGACAACACCGAGUUUGACUCUGACGACUCUGAGCUGAAGCGCAGUUCGUCUCCACAGAUCAGGAGGAAACCGAUGGAUAAACCAGGUCUGAGCUCAUUGGAUGAGGUCUCCGGUCCAACUGUCAGCAUCCAGACUGAACUGGCCCUGGAGCAGCUGAAGCAGAAACACCAGCAGGAGCUUCAGCAGCUCAACGUCCAGUUGGAGACUCAGGUGAACUACUAUGAACGUAGUCUGGACCUGAUGAGGCAGAGUAUGGAGGUGGAGCGGAAGGACAUCUCCCAGGCCUUCAAGCUGGAGAUCAGUGAGCUGGAGGAUCAGAAGGUUCAGAUGGAACAGCAGGUGAAGCAGCUGAAGGAGGCACUGGAUAAACUACAGAGUCAACCACGAGGAGGCGGUAGCGGCGGCGAGCAGGAGCGAAGAAUGCAGCGGGAGCGGGCAGAGAUGGAGCAGAACUUUGCCAGAGAGAUCGGGAACCUGGUCCAGAGGCUGAGCGCUGAGAAGGACCAGCUGGAGGCAGAGCUGAAGCUGAAGAUGGACCAGGAGGUGAUGGUGGUCAGGGCAGAGGCGGAACAGCAGCUGGCAGUGAUGAAGCUGCAGAACGCCGAGGGACAGCGUUGCCUCCUCCAACAGCUUCACCAGGAGCGGCACCUGCAGGCGGGGAUCAGCCAAUCAGAGGUCAUGGAGGCGGAGCUGGGAGCCUCCAAAGGGCAGUGCUUAGAGCUAGAAGCAGAGCUAAGAGCCUCCAGGGGGCGGUGCUUAGACCUGGAGGCAGAGCUCGGAGCCUCCAGGGGGCGGUGCUUAGAGCUGGAGACAGAGCUCGGAGCCUCCAGGGGGCGUUGCUCAGAGAUGGAGGCAGAGCUGGGAGACUUCAGGAGGCAGUGCUCAGAGCUGGGGGUGGAGCUGGGAGACUUCAGGAGGCAGUGCUCAGAGCUGGGGGCGGAGCUGGGAGACUCCAGGAGGCGGUGCUUAGAGCAAGAAGCAGAGCUGGGAGCCCUCAGGGGGCGGUGCUUGGAUUUGGAGGCGGAGCUGGGAGCCUCCAGGGGACAAUGCUUGGAUUUGGAGGCGGAGCUGGGAGCCUCCAGGGGGCGGUGCUCAGAGCUGGAGGUGGAGCUGGGAGCCUCCAGGGGGCGGUGCUCAGAGCUGGAGGUGGAACUGGGAGCCUCCAGGGGAAGGUGCUCAGAGCUGGAGGCGGAGCUGGGAGCCUCCAGGGGGCUGUGCUCGGAGCUAGAGGUGGAGCUGGAAGCCUCCAGAGGGCGGUGCUCAGAGCUGGAGGCCCGCCUGGAGGAGGCCUGUUCACAGCUGGAGGAAAGCAUCAGUUUCUUGGAGUCUCAUGAGGUCCUGAACCGUCACCUGGAGGAGGAGCUUCAGCAGCUGAGCAGUAGGAAGGAAGAGGAGGCAGAGUCCCACACCCAAAAGCUGGAGCAGGUCGUGGCUGAGGUGGACUCCCUGAAGACGGACCGGGCCCGGCUGAUCCAGGACCUGAAGGAGCAGGCGAUGGCAGUAGACACGCUGCAGGUAGAGCUGGACGGUGCAGUGGAGGAGCUGAACCAGAGGCGGAGCGCCCAUGAGGUUCUGCAGGAGGUUCUGACACAGGAGCAGACCAGGUCACAGCAGCUCCAGACCCGUUUGGACCAGGAGCAGGAGGAGGCAGUCCGUCUGAGUCAGGAGAACAACAGCUACACCAGGCUGGCGGACCAGCUCUCCACCCAGAUCGUGGAAAUGGAGGAGGAGAUCUCCACGCUCCGUGACCAGAUCCGGGACCUCAGCUCCCAGCUCAAUGACACCGCAGACCUGGUCCUGGAGCUCCGCACACAGCUGAACUCCAGAACCAGCGAGGUGGAGCGGGCCAUGCUGGACUCCCAGAACCAGCUGAGGGCGGCGGAGGUGGACUUUGAGCAGGAGAAACAGCGUCUGACGGAGCAGCUGGUGGACAUGGAGCAGCUGGUUCUGGCCCUGGAGGUGGUCAUGGACCCGGCCAGUCCGCACAGGACUCAGCUGGAGGAAGUCCGAUCUGAAAAUGCCGCGCUGCAGGAGCGACUGACUGUCCUGCAGCAGGAAGUCCAAAACCUGGAGGAUGACAUGGCCAAGAAAAGGAGGAAACUGGAGGAGAUGGAGCGAGAGCGAGAUAGGAGUCGAGAAGAAGAAGAGAGGCUGCACAAAGAGAACUCCAGGUGCCGGGAGGAAGUUCUGGAUCUGAGCAGCAGAAACCUGCAGCUCAGCAACGACAAUGCUGAGCUCAGCACCCGUCUCCGUGGAGACCAGGAGUCGGUCCGGAUGCUGCGGGAGCGUCUAGCUCAAGUGUCCAAGGAACAGGAGGAGGAGGGUGCCACGAUGCGUCAGCUGCAGGACGCUGCCGUUCAGCAGGAGCGGGAGAAGGUGCGACAGCAGACGGUCUGGACGCAGGAGAAACAGCUGCUGGAGAGAGAGAUCAGCUCCUACAAGGGGAAGGUGGGUCGGCUCUCUGAGCUGGAGGCGGAGCUUAGCAGUAUGACCCUGAAGCAGCAGUGGUUGGAGGACGAUAAGGUCAAACUGAUGAGAGACGCCGAAGACAAACUCAACAAGGUGGAGCAGCUGCAGCACAAAAUGCAAACAGUGGAGGAAGAGGCGGAGUUGCUCCGCUCUCAGCUACACUUAGCCAAUGAGGAGACACGAUGCCAAGGCCAGGAAGUGAGUGACCUGCAGAAGAAACUUCAGGACGCUCACAACAAGGUGGAAGAGCUGGAGUCCAGCACCAGGAAACUGAUCAGGGAGAAGGAGGAGCUCCAUCAGGCCUUUCAGGACCAGGAGGAGCAGAACUCCAUCACUCUGCAGGAGGAGACUCACAGACUGAUGGUCCAGAACCAGGAGCUGAACCAGAAGUUGUCUCAGAUGCAGGUCCAGAGUCUGGAGGUCCAUAAGCUGAACCAGGAGCAGCAGAACCUGAAGACAAAGCUGAGUGAACUGGAGACGGCUCGGACUCAGGCCCAGGACCAGGCGCUGCGUGCGGACACGGCGCUCAGCGUAGCUCAGGCUCAACAAAUCCGUCACCGUCACGAGCUUCAGGAACAUUCUGGACUUCGAGAACAAGUAGAACUACUGCAGGUCAAACUGAAGGAGGAGCAGAGGCGGAGCCAACAGUUAGAGGAAACGCUGAAACGCCAGAGCCAGCAGAGCAGCUCCCAGAUCAGUAUCAAACAGGAACAGUACGAGAAGGCGAUGUCAGGUCUGCAGCAGAGGACGGAGGAGCUGGAGACCAAACUGAAGGCGGUCCGGAUGGUCCUGCAGGAGAAGGUCCAGGAGCUUAAAGACCAGAUGGCGAAGAACACUAAGUCCAGCAUGAUGCUGAAGGAUCUGUACGUGGAGAACUCUCAGCUGAUGAAAGCUCUGCAGGUCACUGAGCAGAGACAGAAAACUGCUGAGAAAAAGAACUUCACCCUGGAGGAGAAGAUCCACGCUCUGAACAAACUGUUGAGGGAGAUCGUACCUGCAUCGCUCGCCACGUAGAGUGAAUGAAACGCACCUGGAUCUGAAAAACCAACACAAUCACACCAUCCUGGAUCGUUUCCACCUGCUCUGUGUGUCAAUCAAAGAAAACAGAACUUUUCAUUCACUAAAAGCAAUAAUUAAACUCUUAUCUCACAACAAGAUCCAGAUCUUUGGAAAAUAUAGUAAACACUGAUGGGAAAAAAACAUAGAUUUUUACAUGAAAAUAUUCAAAUAAAAUAGAAGAAACAGCAUAAUCCACCUCAGGAGUCGUUACUGACACAUGAAAAUGAUGU